UGGCACUAGUAGUCAUAAUGACACUACUAGAAAUAAUUUUACUCGUGCUAAUGGCACUGGGAGUCAUAAAGGCACUACUAGAAAUAAUUUUACUUGUGAUAAUAAUGGCACUGGUAGUCAUACUGUCACUACAAGAAAUCAUUAUACAAGUGAUAAUAAUGGCACUGGUAGUCAUAAUGGCACUACUAGAAAUAUUUAUAUUAGUGCUAAUAAUGGCACUGGUAGUCAUAAUGGCACUACUAGAAAUAAUUUUACUUGUGAUAAUAAUGGCACUGGUAGUCAUAAAGGCACUACUAGAAAUAAUUGUACUUGUGAUAAUAAUGGCACUGCUAGUCAUAAAGCCACUACUAGAAAUAAUAUUACUUGUGAUAAUAAUGGCACUGGUAGUCAUAAUGGCACUACUAGAAAUAAUUGUACUAGUGCUAAUAAUGGCACUGGUAGUUAUAAUGGCACUACUAGAAAUAAUUGUACUAGUGCUAAUAAUGGCACUAGUAGUCAUAAUGACACUACUAUAAAUAAUUAUACUAGUGCUAAUGGCACUGGGAGUCAUAAAGGCACUACUAGAAAUAAUUGUACUAGUGCUAAUAAUGGCACUGCUAGUCAUAAAGCCACUACUAGAAAUAAUAUUACUUGUGAUAAUAAUGGCACUGGUAGUCAUAAUGGCACUACUAGAAAUAAUUAUACUUGUGCUAAUAAUGGCACUGUUAGUCAUAGUGGCACUGCUAGAAAUAAUUGUACUAAUGCUAAUAAUGGCACUGGCAGUCAUAAUGGCACUACUAGAAAUAAUUGUACUUGUGCUAAUGAUGGCACUGAUAGUUAUAAUGGUACUACUGGAAAUAAUUAUACUUGUGCUAAUAAUGGCACUGGUAGUUAA